AUGCCCCGAAUUGAGGAAUUGAGAGGUGAGAUUGUGAAGGAUACGGACCGAGUUUCGUGGUACAACCUUGUCACUAUUUUAUUUGUCGCAUACUCCGUACUGAAUUGGAUUCGACAAUACAUUAUCUUCAAAAGAUCUGGUGCAAGUCAUGCUCCCCAAAAAGGAGAUCGGCUUCUUGGUUUCCGGAACGUUGCAGAAACUAUCAAACACCAGAAGGAUGGUACCUUGCCAGAGUUUUUCCAAUCCAAGUUUUCAAUUGAAGUAAAGACCUACCGACGCUACAUUGCUGCGAAGGCAGGCUUUCAUACCAAAGAUCCGGAGAACAUCAAGGCCAUUUUGGGCACAAAAUUCAAUGAUUUUAACUUGGGACGCUACAGUGCCGUUAGGUUGACGUUGGGUGAAGGGAUCUUCACAUUGGAUGGAAGCGGAUGGAAGCACUCCAGAGCCAUGUUGAGACCACAAUUUGCAAGAGAACAGGUUGGCCAUGUAACUUCUUUAGAACCUCACAUUCAGGCUUUGGCCACGAGAAUAAGACACACAAAAGGUAAAAGUUUUGAUCUUCAGCCAUUAUUCUUUGAGUUAACCAUUGACAGCGGAACUGAAUUCCUCUUUGGAGAGUCCUGUGACUCUUUGAGCGCUGAAAAGAAUGCGGAAAUACAACCAAACUCAUUCAUGCAACUAAAGUAUGACUUCCCUGACUGUUUCAACCAAGUGCAAAAUGUGCUUUUUAGCCGUGUUACUUUGCAAUCGCUUUAUUUCCUACGUGACGGAUUCAAGUUCAGAAGAUCCAACAAGGUCGUUCAUAACUUCACCGAUUUUUACGUGCAAAAAGCCUUACGAGCCACAGAAGAAGAGAUCGAGAAAUAUUCCAAGGACGGAUAUGUCUUUUUGUAUGAACUAGCCAAACAGACAAAGGAGCCUAAAGUGUUAAGAGAUCAGUGCUUGAACAUCUUAUUGGCUGCUCGGGACACCACAGCUGGCUUAUUAUCGUUUACGUUCUUCGAGUUGGCUCGUAACCCACAAAUUCUAGAGACUUUACGUGAAGAAAUUUACAAACAUUUUGGUAACGGUGAAGACUUGUCUCUUAUCACAUUUGAGUCACUCAAGAAAUGUGAGUACCUUAAGUGGGUACUUCAUGAGGCGCUCCGCAUGUAUCCAUCUGUUCCUUUCAACUUCCGGGUGGCAGAGAAAAAUACAACACUUCCUCGUGGAGGAGGUCCAGACGGUAUGUCCCCUGUCUUCAUUCCACGAGGUUCCCCUGUCGCAUACACCAUCUACGCUAUGCAGCGUGACCCAGAGUAUUACGGCGAAGAUGCGGAAGUAUUCAGACCAGAAAGAUGGGGCGAGCCAUUGGCGAAGAAAUUUGGAUGGGCAUUUAUUCCUUUCAAUGGUGGCCCUAGAAUUUGUUUGGGUCAGCAGUUUGCAUUAACGGAGGCAUCUUAUACAACUGUGAGACUCUUGCAGUUGUUUAAGAAAAUCGAAUCAUUUGACGAAAGAUAUCCUCCUAGAAAGCAAACCCACUUGACGAUGUCUUUAUUUGACGGAUGUAAUAUCUCUAUGUAUUAA